CCACCGCCACCAUGGAUGCCAUCAAGAAGAAGAUGCAGAUGCUGAAGCUGGACAAGGAGAAUGCCUUGGACAGAGCUGAGCAAGCUGAAGCGGACAAGAAGGCAGCGGAGGAGAGAAGCAAGCAGCUGGAGGACGAGCUCGCCGCCAUGCAGAAGAAGCUAAAAGGGACAGAGGAUGAGCUGGACAAAUACUCUGAGGCCCUGAAAGAUGCCCAGGAGAAGCUGGAGUUGGCGGAGAAGAAGGCGGCAGACGCUGAGGCAGAAGUGGCAUCUUUGAACCGCCGUAUUCAGCUGGUAGAGGAGGAGUUAGACCGAGCCCAGGAGCGCCUUGCCACAGCUCUGCAGAAGCUGGAAGAGGCAGAGAAGGCUGCAGAUGAAAGUGAAAGAGGCAUGAAAGUCAUUGAAAACAGAGCCCUGAAGGAUGAGGAAAAGAUGGAACUGCAGGAGAUCCAGCUCAAGGAAGCCAAGCACAUUGCAGAGGAGGCAGACAGGAAGUAUGAGGAGGUUGCUCGGAAACUGGUGAUCAUAGAAGGAGAUCUGGAGCGUACUGAAGAGAGAGCUGAGCUUGCAGAGUCUAAAUGUUCCGAGCUGGAAGAAGAGCUGAAGAAUGUCACCAACAAUCUCAAGUCUCUUGAGGCUCAGGCUGAGAAGUACUCUCAAAAAGAGGAUAAAUAUGAAGAAGAGAUCAAGAUCCUGACUGAUAAACUCAAAGAGGCGGAGACCCGUGCUGAAUUUGCUGAGCGGUCUGUAGCCAAGCUGGAGAAGACAAUUGAUGAUUUGGAAGAUGAGCUCUAUGCCCAGAAACUGAAGUACAAAGCAAUUAGUGAGGAACUGGACCACGCCCUGAAUGACAUGACUUCCAUUGCCCGAAGAGCCCUUCGUGAACAGAGUUUUGAUGAAACGGGACACCUCCCGUGGUUUCCUCAGCCUGUCUGUCCAGUGUCCCAGCGUGUGGAUAUCUUCAGUGAUGUGGGUGGGCUCACCUUUGGAGUAAAGCCUACCUAGAGCGCUAGUUGCUGAUCUGAGCUCUCCUCCUGGCUUAAGGAACAUAUAAACUGAAAUCCACCAAAGAGGAGCAUCUCUGCACGCAAAGAAUGCUGGACCAGACCCUGCUAGACCUGAACGAGAUGUAAUGGAUCCCUGCCACUGCCUCUGCCACACGAUGCCUGGGGGGGCCAGCCCAGCCGCUGCUGACCUCUAACCCUUGGGGACCAGAGUUUACUUUCUGUUGCCAACUUGACCAAACGCAAAUCUUCUUUGCCUCAGGGUUAAAGGCCAUCAGGUUGGGCAGAGCUUCAAACAGCAUUAUUAAGGGAAAUGAACAAUGCAAUAAUGU